AAAAUAUGUAUAUAAAAUGGGUGUGAGUUUGUUCAAUUUAUCCAAUAAUUUACAUAGUCCUUAGAUGAAUUACUUAUUAUUAUUUUUUUUAACCCUAAACAGCUAAAAAAAGGAUUUUAAUUUAUUAAAUCAAAAGAUAACUGUGAAAAACAUACCCUUUUAUUUUCAGAGCAAUCCUAUAGUUGCAACAAAGCAAGGAAAAUUGAGAGGUUCAGCUCAGAAACUCUUUGAUGGAACCACAUUUUACAGCUUCAAAGGCAUCCCCUAUGCUCAAGCACCUGUUGGAAAAUUACGAUUUAAGGCACCAUUACCGCCUAAGCCUUGGUCUGGAGUACGGGAUGCUUUCGAACACGGUCCAGUAUGUCCCCAACUCGACAUGUUUACAGCAACAUUAUUAGAAGGAAAUGAGGACUGUUUAUUUCUGAAUGUGUACACAAGAACGCUGCUGCCAACAGCCAAGUUACCGGUUAUUGUCUUUAUACAUGGUGGUGCGUUUAUGUCUGGAUCAGGAAACGACGAUAUUCUUGGUCCUAGAUUUCUACUUCAGCAUGAUGUGAUUCUUGUGACCUUCAAUUAUAGAUUGGACGUCCUAGGGUUCUUAUGUUUGGAUAUACCCGAGGUACCUGGCAAUGCUGGUUUGAAAGAUCAAGUUGCGGCAUUGAGUUGGAUACAAAAUAACAUUGAACAGUUUGGUGGAGAUGCAAGUAAUAUUACUUUAGGAGGGGAAAGCGCUGGUUCUUCAUCUGUUACUUACCAUUUGCUGUCACCAACGUCUAAAGGUUUAUUUCACAAGGCAAUAGCUCAGAGUGGAGUGUGCCUUAACGAUUGGUCGAAAGGACUUAACUCGACAGAAAGAGCAUUCAAAGUAGGCAAGAUAUUAGGUAAACAGACAAAUAAUCCCUAUGAAUUAUUAGAUUUCCUCCAGAGCGUACCUGCAACUAAACUAGUAGGUUUGACAAAUAAAGUAAAAAGUAGUGAUGAGACUCACAGAUGUCUACCGAUUCAUUUUGUUCCAGUCGUAGAGAAAAGAUUUAAAAACGCAGAACCUUUCAUUGAUCAAGAGCCUCUUGAUAUGCUCUUGCUAAAUAAGGUCAACGAAGUUCCUUUACUGAUUGGCUACAAUUCUCACGAAGGCUUAAUCAGUGUAAAUAAUAUGAUGAAGAAAGUGGAUGUCUUUGAGAGAGAGCCACAUUAUUUGGUUCCUCGUGAGAUCUUCAAUAAGACAUCACAAUCUACAGUUAAUGUAUUUGGAGAACGGAUUAAAGAAUUUUACUUCAAAAAUGGCUUCAGGGAACAAAGUGAUGCUGAAAAAUAUCUCACCGACUAUCAUUUUGCGGUGUGUAUAUACAGGUUUGCGUUCUUCUAUGCGGCGUCAAAGCAGCCAGUAUACUUUUUUAGAUUUAGCAUUAAUUCUGAAAUGAAUGCGUUCAAGAGUUUAAUGGGAUUUGAUGGAGUGAAAGGCGCCUCCCAUGCCGAUGAUUUGUUUUACUUAUUCGAUAAUGUAAUUAACAAAUCAAAAUACGAAGAGCAAGAGAAGGCGAGGGAGCUAGUAUUUACGGCAACUAAACUAUGGACGGAUUUCGCGAAGACUGGGUAAGUAAAUUAUUUUUGCGAUGACUGCAGGAAUUGAAUCUAUAUUUAUAUAAUCUACCAUUUUAUC